AUGAAAAUAAUUUAUAUCUUAUUAUCUACUGUUUAUCUAUGUAAGGCAUAAAUAAAUAUGGCAUUUUGUGACGAAUAUAUUGAAUAUGAUGUGAAUAAUUUUGGAAAAUUUAUUUCUAAUGUUAAACUUUCAAAUAGCACAGAUGCCAUCUUAGCUGAAAAAAGAGUUCUUAUUAUUGAUGAUAAUCUUAAUGUAUUAAGUUCAGUGUCUAUACCUAAAACUUAAACUCAUAACUGCGAAUGGAUAUUCAAUUAUAACAAUGAUACUUUCUUUGUUGGAUGCUAAAAGAAUGGAGAAGCACCUUAUUUAAUUGCUUAUAAAAGUAUUAAUAAAACUCAUUAUGCAUAAUUUGGUGAUAUUGUGUACUUCCCUAAUUUAAAUGAAACAGUUAUUAAAGUUACCGGAGUCUUAAAUACACUUUUUACAGUUUAGGCCAAGAAAGUAAUAUUGUUCACUCUAGUAAUGUCGGCAGCAGAAUGGAGUAUUAAGACAACUCAAAAUGUUUUGGAUAAGAAUUAUUUUGCAAGAACUACUGAAAUCAAUGUCACAGAUAUAGCUUAUGCACCUUAUUCAGAAGAUAAAUUAUAAUAUUAUAAAUUGAUUGUAGUUGAAUUUAGACUUGGAGCAUUUUGGGUAGAUGCUGUAGUAAAAAAUGAUAUACUCUCACCUUUUAGAACUGGCUUAAUUAACCUUUAAGCACAUUUUAAUGAAUACUAUUCAAAAUAAUAUCAAUCAGUUGUCAUCCAUUCCACAACCUAAAAUGUAUCUUAACUUAAUUUUAAUCUCUUUUUAUAUCAAAAGUAUUAUGAUCUAAACAUCAGGGCAGUUUAUGUAUCAACUUCAAAAACGACAAUUUAAGUUAAUAAUUAUUUUUCAUCAAAUGGCUGGCCAACAUGGGGUAAACCAAUUGUAUUUGGAAACUUGUAAGGGAUCCUUCGUAGAAAUACAUUAAAAUAAAGCAUUUUUAAUGUUUAUAAUAUCAUGAUUCCUUAUGCUUCAGUCUAAAACGAAAAUAAUUUAACUGCCACAACUUAUGAACCAGUAGAUACUUUCACCUCUCCUCCAUAAGAUUAUUCUAUAUAUUAUUUUAAUUCUGGCUAUAGAGUGGUGCAUAGUAUAGAAGAUAAUAAAUUAUAAAGUUGCGAUCUUUACAAUUACAAAUUAUAAAUGGAAUGAUAUUAUACAUAAAUAAG